UCUCUCUCUCUCCACACCGCCACUACCACCCUUCUUCCCUUGCUUUCCCCUGAACAUUAGAAACCGUGAAGGCACAUUCCAAUUUUUCCAAUUCAUUUAUUUGACUUCCACCUAAACUCCCAGGCAAGAAGUGCUGCAAAUUUUGUUUGUCUCAGAUUUUGAUUAGUUCACAUACUUGUACAAAAGGUAUAGAGUAAUUCUCCUCAGUUUUGCCCAUUUGGAAACACAUACCCAUUGAAUCAAACCAUAGAUUCAGAGGAAUAGCAGGCGAAAAUAGGAAGUGACAGCAUGAGUUUCUCAACAGGAUCACCAAGGAAUUCUUGGCAGCCAAUCAUGACUGUUGAUACAGCCACCCCAAGUUACUGGCUCAACUGGAGAUUCUUGGUUUGUGCUGUUUGUGUGGUAGUGUCAAUGAUAUCUGCAUUGAUUGUUAUUUUAAAGUACGAAGGACCUCGAAAUUCGGAACAAGGAAGCAGAGAAGACGGGGGAGAGCCGGUGGGGCUACUGUAUGAGGAUGAAGUUUGGAAGCCAUGUCUAAAAGGGAUACAUCCUGCUUGGCUACUGGCAUUCCGAGUCGUUGCUUUCUUUGUGCUUUUGUUUCUUGUGAUCCUAAAUGUUGCUGUUGAUGGUGGUGACAUAUUUUAUUACUAUACCCAGUGGACUUUCACAUUGAUAACCCUUUAUUUUGGGCUUGGAUCAUUGCUUUCUAUGUAUGGGUGUUUCCAAAAUCACAACAAAGUGGGUGGUGAAGAAACUUAUAAGGAGACUUUCGAUGCUGAGCAAGGCACCUAUGUGAAAAAUCCAAAUGCAUCAAAGGGGGGAAAACACUCGCGAUCCGAUCAACCACGUCAAGUUCGCCAAACUGCAGGAUUGUGGGGUUAUAUCUUCCAAAUAGUUUUCCAGAUGAAUGCAGGUGCAGUGAUGCUCACAGACUGUGUCUUCUGGUUGUUAAUAGUACCAUUUCUGGAAACCAAAGAUUACGAUCUGAAUUUCUUGAUUAUAAAUAUGCAUACAAUCAAUGCUGUUUUCCUGCUUGUUGACACUGCUUUGAAUUGCUUGCGGUUCCCUUGGUUUCGAAUCGCAUACUUUUUCCUGUGGACAGCCAUUUAUGUUGUUUUCCAAUGGAUCGUACACGCCUGUUUCUCGCUUUGGUGGCCAUACCCAUUUCUUGAUUUGUCAUCUCCAUUUGCUCCGCUAUGGUAUUCAUCGGUGGGUUUGAUGCAUAUACCCUGCUUUGGUAUAUUUGUGUUGGUGAUGAAGAUGAAACACAGUCUCUUCUUAAAAUGGUUCCCUCACUCCUACCAAUGCGUGAAAUAGAUAGAUAGAUAGCGAGUGCGAACGCUGGUCCAAAAUCACGCGAACUUUGUAAAUUUCUCCAUGGCUAAGAAAGGUAGGUAGCAUGAACAGGAGGAACAAAGAUCUCUAGAUAUAAGCAAGAUGACAGAAGAUGACAGAAAUGUAGGGCUUCCACAUUUCCAGAGGGGGAAAAAACACAUAUGUAAGCAUUUUUCCGGUAUAAGCAUUUUUUAUUUGUGUAUUA